AUGUUGCCAAAAUCCCUGCAAGGUAGCUAUACUCGCUACAAGGAUGAUACAAACAGCCUAGCAACCUGGCUUCUCGAAGCCGCUAACAAGUGUGGUUAUCAACCCGAUGACCUUGCCUCCACCGCCCCUCCGCUAAACUCCAAAGAGAGCAAGGACAAGAACAGAAAAAAGCAAGAAAACGUCUCCUCAAAUCCAGUUCAAUACAAAACCACAGUCAAGAACCUCCAAGUCCUCGCCGAUGUCGUUGCCAAAUCUUCCCUCACCGUGCCUAGACCCAUUAUCGCCAUCGCCAAACGAGCUAUAAAACUGAGAAAACACGUUACUUCUUGGUUUCUUGGAAAGGGAGACACCGAAGAAAAUGAACGGCAUGCACACUUUGUCUCUGCGUUAGAACGGGUCUGCGAGACGCUGGAAUGGAAGGCUAGCAAAUUUCCCAAGCCUGAUGCCAAGCAGCCUCGUCAAACUGCUGACUCCAAAGAUCAUGAUGCGGACAUUGGCACAUUCUUGAACAGAUUUGCUGUUCUUACCGUUGAAGAACCCAGCGAAGCACAUACAUCUGAACAGGAGCAGAUAGUUACAUCCAAACCACAGAAGGUCGUCAAGGUGGAGCUCAUGGAGAACGAUGAGGAUGAGGCAGAGAAUUAUGAAGAUUAUGUGUUUUUCAAAGCGCUCUGUUUGUUCCAGGAUUUACAAAACAUGCGUGGCUUCAUUUCCGAUACCUGGUCAGAAUAUCGAGAUAAGAAAAUCGAUCUCAUGAAUGCUGCCCUGGUGACUGAUGGCGCGUUAAAACUCGCAAAAAGCUUGGUACAGGAGGUGUUAGAAGCCUGGGAUGCUUCCCCUCUUUCGUCAGUAUGGAAUAUUCAACAAUUCUUUUUCCAUAAGGCCUGUGACGCCCGGGAUAUCCGCCCACCUCUAUCUGAUGAUUUUUCGAGCAACAAAGAUGUGGCCGAUCUAGCUGAUUUGUCAUAUCUUCCAACAUGGCUUAUCUUGCGUUCGUUCUCUCAUACGUUGAAAUGGACUGAAAUACUCGCGAUGAAGAAGGGCUAUUUUGGUGUUCACAAUCCUAAAGCAAAUAGAGAAGUGAUGUCUCCACGUCAAAAAUCCAAUGAGGACAGUUUUCUUCUUCUAGAAUUCCUCUUGGAGUUUCGCAUGAUCUAUCCGUCUUUUCUUCGUUGCCCUUUUGUGGAUUCAAUUACUGGAGGGUUGAUUGAGUUUUUCCGAACCAAAAAGAUUAACACUUGGCUUUGUUUCGCCUCCCAGAUUUAUCUUGAUAUUUAUCAUCUCAUGCGGCACAGUACUCUAAGUGCAUUUGAUGACCUCCGAAUGUCGGGACUACGCAUCAAAAAAGUGGUUGAAGACUACUUCAAGUUUUGCAAGACACACCCAGAACUAAAGUUCUGGACCAAAGAGAGCGAUGAACCAAUCCAGGCGCUCAACAACGCAGUGCAUACAUUAGUAGACAAAGAUCAACUCUUCGAAAUUCUCUGUUCUGACUUCCCAGAGAAAGGACCGUUCGAAAAACAUGCCUUUAUUUCUCGAAGUCCUGUUAUGUGCGGGUUGAGCUCUUUUUUCCUCAAUACCUGGAUGCAAGAUCUUGGUCAGAGACUUGUCAACUCGCGGUACGAUGUUCGGUCCCUGGCAUUCUUGUACAAUCUUGUUAACGCACAAAGCCACAAGAGCACCAAGUGGCCUGAUAUGGAGACAUUCAUCAAGAUUCAUGGCGAGUCUCAUAUAUUCGUUGGGUCUCGCCCCAAGAAUGCCUCUGAGUCAUCGAAACAAUUCAAUCUGGCUACCGGUGAAUUCUCAGCUGCUAGGUUUGCCCGCGAUGCCCGCAACAGGCCACACCUUGGACCUGAUCGCAAGGAUUCCAUACCACUUAAACGAACAACGACAAUUACAGAAAUCCUCGAAACGCAAUAUCUUCAACGUUCCGGUGAAAGUGGCGAUAUCGGAAACAUUGAGAAGGUUCUGGAUAAGCUUUCACAGGAACUUUCUUCCAAAUCCAGCGGCAUAGGGCUUCAGUCAUCCAACUCGCAAGUAAUGUUUCAACGGAAAGGCUCUCAUGCUCACAAAAUCGAUGCACUGCAAAUUUUUGCUCUCAUGAAGAGCAGAUUGGCUGAGGAAGAACCCAUGGUUCUGUUCAACUAUUUUGGCAUGCACCAACGAUGUAUUGAGAUCCUGAGAUUGAUCCAAGGAAAAGAGCAUCAAGAGUUCCUACGGCAUUUCGACUCUCCCUCUUCGUAUAUGCACUUUUGUGAUGGCCCGUCAAUCUCAAGCAUUGCGCUGCUGGUUCUGCAGAUUGCGGAAGCCACAGAUGAGAGUCUCAAAUUGCUGAGAUUUGUACCCCCAGUAAGCAGUGACAGCUAUUUUGCUUGUCGACUUGUCAUAAGCUGUGGGGAAGUGAUGAAGGAAUAUCUUCAACGGAAUGGGGAUGUGGCAUGCAAAGAGCUAAGGGUCUUUUGCAAGAACAAGAAACCAUUCUAUGAUGCGAUUGAUUACGAUAAGGAGAGUUCAGACACAGAUGACUUUAUCUGUGUUGAUAUUGAAAAGACUAUGGACCCAAAGACUCUUGCCUCGCUAGAGACUGGAAUUCCAGUGGCGUAG